UAAAUAUGAAUAAAUUAAGACAUGUAAUUUAAGAACAUUUUAAGAACAUACGAGGAUCGAAAUACGUCGAAAACAACCUCUCGCUGAGGCAAGAACUGACUUGUUCUUAUAAGACAAAAUUACAUCUAAUGUAAGUGGGGCAAAUCAGUGAGAAUAUUCUGAUAUUUUCUAUUGAAAAGCGACGUUUUCUUUGAAAGGCGUUUCAAUUAGUUCACACGUCGCUGCUUUUGAGUAGUCUGCUACUCGUGAAAAGAAAAACAUGUCAGAAGACAAAGUCCCGGAGCAGACCGAUUCAGCGUGUCUUACCAAGCCCAAAAGCUCCAAGAAAAGAAAAGCAGCGAGUAUCGAAGAGAGUGGAAAACAAAUCGAGUGUAGCUUCUGUAGCAAGCAAUUCCUAAAGACACAAGGGCUAGCAGCCCAUCUCAAACAUGUCCAUGGUAUUUCCCCCAAGAAGACAAAACCUUCGAGUGUCGGUGCCUCAGAGCAGAAUAGUAAAGGAAAUUUACAACCUUCGGAUGACAGCGAAUCAGAUGUUCGUAAUGCAGUACAAGAUGCAGUGGAGAAGGUUCUUACCCAAAUAGCCGCCGAAAACGUCGUCUUGAACAAGAAAGCAUCUGAACCGUCUCAUGCGGAAAAGCCCACAAAACGAAGAGGUGCCGAUCACCGUAAACAGCAUUCAAUACAGCUCAAAGCUGAAGUCAUUCAUGAUUUCGAUUUUGGCAUACAUCCGCACGCUAUAGCAGAGAAAUACAACAUCAAUCGGUCCUUGGUAUCCAAGUGGUUGAAGGACAAAACAAAAAUUGUUGCUGCGGCAACGGAGGCACACACAGAACUCCUAAAGAUUCGCCCUAGCCGUAAAUACAGCCGUUUGUCAGUUGCUCUUUUCGACAAGUACAACGAAGCCCGAUCACGUGGUUUCAUUAUCAAUUUUGAUUGGCUGUGGUGUCAAGCAAGGAAAAUCUACCGGGAAAUCACAGGGGAUCCCAAAGCAACACUUGGUAAGCAUGUUAUUACAGCUUUCCUGAAAAAGCACAACAUUCGGAUGAGAGCGAGGCAUCGAGACAAGAGGCCAGUCAAGCAGAGUUUCGAGACGAAGCUGAGGAUCUGGCACGCUACUGCUCGAGAGAGGCUGAUACGUACUGGACGAAAUGACAGAUACGACGAGAAAUGGGGGAGGUAUAAGCCAUGUGAAAGAUUCAAUGUGGAUCAGAUUCCUCUUCCUUUCGCGGUUGGUAGUAAGAAGACACAAAAAUCCUCGAAAGAUGAAGAGAACGCUGAAGUUCUCGUGACACCGAAGACCCAUUCGAAUGGUACGUUAGAUCAUCGGCAAUGUCAGCUCCAGGUGUGCUUUCGACCAACGGGUGAACAGCCCCGUCUCGCCCUUAUUUUCCGCGGAACUGGGAAACGGGUAAGUCAAGAUGAAGUGUCAGCUUACCAUCCGGAUGUAGACGUGUAUUUUCAAGAAAAAGCCUGGGCCGACAUACAGACGUGCGUUGAUUGGGUCAACAAAACACUCUCUGCUGUUGUAGACAAGGAAGAGCGUUUCGUAGUCUUUUGUGACAACCAAACUGGGCAGAUCUCUCGAGAGUUCAAGGAGGCUGUUAGUAAAAAAGGAGGAAUGGUGUGGUACGGACUGCCUGGAGCAACGGACCUCUGGCAGCCAGUAGAUGCAGGUUAUUCGCAGCUUCUAAAGACCUUGGUCGGGCAAGCUCACAGUGCAUGGCUAAACGACGACGAAAACUCCGAGAAGUGGCUCGGGUCGACGCUUUCGGCGAAAGAGCGCCGUAUUUUGAUAACUUACUGGGCAGGGGACGCGUACGCAAAGCUUCUAAGUCCAGAGUACGACGGUGUUCGGCUGCGGGUUUGGCAGAAGAGUGGUUGUCUUAUGACUGCAAAUGGUGUCGAUGAUGAGCUCAUAACACCUGAAGGUCUGAAUAACUACAAAGUACCUACUCCUUCUAUUAUCGCACCCACGUCUUACUUUCCACAGUCCGAGGAUAACAUUGUCGACGCAGACUUCGAAAUGUAUGACAACAGAGACGAAGUGGAGCUUGAACCAGAAGCGUGCGAACUCAAGCAAGUCCUCGAGGAUUGCUAUGAGGACAGAGACGAAAAAGAUGAGCUAGUAGGGCGAGAAGUCAUAGCUCUGUACGAGAACGGUUGGUUCACGGGCAAGAUCGAGUAUUACAAUAAGAAACUUAAGGAGUACAAGGUGAAGUUCCGUGACGACUCUACGGAUUAUCUGGCUUAUAAAGAUUUUGACGGAGUUGAAGUCAUUUUGACAUGAUCGCCAUUGGCACAAUAGUAUGUACAGAGGGUCAUAGAGUGGAAGUCAUUAUGAUACAUCAUCAACAGCAGGUUCUUAAUGUAAACAUAGGGUGGGGGUCAUAGUCGGAGUUGAAGUCGUUUUGAUGCAUCACUGCUACCAUGGUUUUCAGUGUAGACGUUGGGUGUCAUAGACGAAAUUGAUCUCGUUUUGAUACAUAAUGUAGAUAUAAGGUUCUUAGUGUAAACAUAAGGUGUCAUAGACGGAGUUGAAGUCGUUUUGAUACAUCAUCGCCAUCGGGCUCUUAAUGUAAACGUAGGGUGGGUAUCAUAAAAAGAAAUGAAGUCGUUUUGAUACAUGCUCUAAGUGUAGAUAUAAGGUUCUUAGUGUAAACAUAAGGUGCCAUGGACGAAGUUGAAGUCAUUUUGAUACAUCAUCGCCCCAAGGAAAUUAGUGUACACAUUUUUAAAGGGCUAUAUUUGGCAUCACGGCGGAACUUGGGGUUAUCAGAGAUUGUGUAGAAUAACUAUAUCGAGGAGAAGUAUCAAAAAGAGAAAUAAGUGCUUUUUUAUUACAAAGGCCAUUCUUCUAUACAACAGCCAGAAAAUGGAACGUUUUCCUUUUUCGGUCGUGAACAAAGACAGUAUCAAGACCUUCAAACACGAGCAAUAUAAUCAUGACAAUUGAAGAUGUAAUACCAUCCUUCAGUUUUAUCGAUCUUGAGCUAAUGCUUUUCCCACAAUACGGCGGGGCUGUGAUAUCACACAAUCAAAGUGCGCUCUCCCAAAAAAAAACACUAAAACAUCGAAUCUGUGAAUAGGCGUACCGAGUUUUAAGCUAGCGGGGCUGAAGCGGGGGAUUAGACACCGGAGAAAGGAAAUCAUCAGUAAGGGCAUGGCCGUGCACCUCAAUUUUUUCUUAAUGUCUCUGUGCCUUUUCCCCCAUCCCCCCAUAUUUCGAGGUCUGUUACGGGUCUUUUCGCUAUCCUUCAAUCAUAUUUCGUUAUGAUUCGUUUUGUUCAAAGAAAAAAACUCAUCAAAACAAUUGCGCAAACUACCGAUUUCCCACUAGUCGUGAAAAGUUGACUUAUAACUUCGGAGUAGUUUCAUAUUUAACCCAUUCGUUUCCGAGUACUUUUUGAGCAAAACUGUAAGAAAAACAGACUGUAUUCUGACUGAUUCUAACUGAUUUCAAGUACUACAACACCAGUCAAGUUAAUUAGCUACCGCUGACACAGGACGAUGUGCCUUGAAGUUUCCAACAAUGCUGUCUCUUCAGUCUAGCGAUGAUGCUGUGACCGCCUUUUGCUGACAACUGUUUUGCUUGUAAUUUGCUUAGAAAUUACUGGGUUUUUUUUUCACAUCAGCAGAGUGCCCUAGGACAUUAAGUCCAUUGGGGUAUAAUAAAUGCUGAGGUUAUGGAUGUUUGCACGCUAAGAUUGAUUCAAUGGGGUAAUUCCUUGUUUCGGUUUCACCGAGUGAGAAAGGAAUUUUCUAGUGAAUGGCCUCUUACUCUCCAAUGUGGAACACUUUUGCCACCCAACCUUAUUCAAAUUUUUUCUUAGGCUUAUUCUUGGACCUGGAAAAGUUUUGUUUAGCUUUGGGGCAAAGAGACUUAUAAAAAAAACUGUUAUGAUUAUGGGGAAGGAGUUUGCCCACCUCUCUGUCAAUGUUUUCCCCAAGACUCCCAUGAUGCAGUGCAGGCCUAACAUGGCGACAUUUAUAAAUGUGGCUGUAAAAUAGGACCUGACGGAGCGCAAUAAAGGUAUAUUUGUGACUUGA